AUGGCAGGAAACAGAGAGCACUGCGGGACCAUCGAGACUGAGCUGGAUCCAGUGGAAUACACCCUUCAGAAGUGGUUGCCCCACCGCCUGCCCCAGAGGCCCAAUGACAUUUAUGUUAAUGUGAAGACUGACUUUAAGGGCCAACUGGCCUGCUGCCAGAAGCUGCUGGACAGGGGGUCAUGGGGUCAGAAUGCAUGCAUUGGGAGCUACAUUCAUGGCUUGGGCCUGGCCAUCAACCAUGCAAUCUGCAUUGCCCCACAGCUUCAGGUGGGCAGCUCCGGGUCCUUGCAGGUGGCUGCCCAUACCUCCAUAGUGAAGCUUGCUGAUGAGCUGGAACCAGAGACUAGUACACAAGAGCCAUUGACCCACAUCAGAAACAACUCGGCCACCCACACCCCAGUCUUCAGGGUUACACUCGAGUAA